AUGACUAGGAAAUGGCAGUGUACCAUAAAAACAAAUGGCCAUGCUUUGAAACUUGAAUUUUAUGUUCGAGUUAUAGGCGGUCUAAAAGUUCAGAUUGAAAUAGCAGGAAGAAAAAUAAAUACGAGUCUAUCGGGCUCACGGGAACUUGGAAUAUACUACUUCAAGGAUGGCGAGACUGUCCAGCUGAUUUGCAAGAAGAUUAAUGAUCAAUUUUACGAUUACGGAGAUAUAUAUUUACGCUACUACGAUUCCAAAGAUACAAUUCUACUUAAAACUGAUAGAAUUACUGACAACGAAUCAGCAUUCUUUCAAAGAACGAUGAAAGCUGAAGACAAUAAUAACGCAAUAGAUUGUACAUACGUCACGAAAAACACUAACUUGACGUUUCCAUACAAAGUAGUUUUCAAACUUAUAAACAAUUCAAUAGACGACGACUUCACAAUCACUAUAAAUGAUCUAAAGCUGAGACCAACAAACAGCAGCAAACAAACAAACUCGUCUGCUAAUGAAAACAUAAGAUACUACCACUUCACAUACUUUCGAAAUCAAAUAUUGAAAUUUUGUUUUGAGACAACAAAUGAACAAUACGGCUCAAUACGUUUUGUUGAUGAAAACAACGACUCACCUAAGUUGAGCUCAUUUAAAGAAAUAAAGACGACACGAAGGAAAAAAACUGUUAAAUUCCACACAAAAUCUUUGGAAGAGGAUAAUUAUAAGUUGCGUGUUAUGAAUGAAGGCGUUCCAAAGCCAGUUAUAAUCGCAGAAAUAUUGCUUAGUGAAAAACUCCUUAUAAUAGGCCUUACUCCGAAGGAUGUCAUGGACCAAUACAGGAAGAACAUAACAACUUGGACCAUCGAUUACUGGUACAGUAUGGGAGAGCCACUACAUCUUUCUUGUAUUUCUAGGCGCAAAAGAAAUCUCCAGUGGCUUUUUGGAACGUCAGUUGUACAUUAUACAUAUGAUAAAAUUAUAAAACACAAUUUCACGCUAAGUGAGGAAUCCAAUGAGACUUUGAUAAUAAUUUGCAAAGACGUAAACAUUACAACUAUAAUAAAUUUACAUCGAAAAUCUGCGUAUUCAGUGACCACGGAUUAUCGAGACGAGGAUUCUGAUAAUACGAUACUCAUCGUAUGUGCAAUAGUAGCUUCAAUAUUGGCUGUCACAACGCUGGGUUUCUUUUUCUACUGUUGCCGGUACAGGACACCUAAGAGUCCACAGACUACUACUGAAACCUUGAAAAAUGAAAAUCAAUAUUCCACACCAACAUAUUCAACUCCAAUGGCUAGAACUUCAGAACAAAAUUAUUCUCAAGGGUAUAUGGUACAGAAUUCCUUGUACGAGCCAAUGUUUGACAAUGCCACCGCAGAAUAUCAGCAUCUAGAUGUCAAGGACAUUUCGAAGGAAAAAUAUGCUACCGCUAGGCCUAUAUCUCCACAAGCUGAUAUUUUAUACGUCAACUCAUGGCCUACAAGCCAACAAAACGAAAGCAGUGAUAAAAGCAAUAGAACAACAGCAGAAGUUGAAUUUAAUCCACGUUACGCUAAUAUAGUUAAAGGCGAAGAGUAUUCACAAUCACCUAAUAAUUCAGGGGCUUAUGAUUACUCGUACUGUAUACGAUACGUCAAUAGUAAGAAUAGUGGAAAGUGA